AUGCAUAUUAUCAACCCAUCCGUACAACUGAAGCAUCUUGGUAUUCAUCAAUAUAGAGCAUACAUCAACAUUGGAUGUAACUCUAUAGCGCAACCAUUAGCCAUCAACUGCUCGCAGAUGACACCGUCGGCCGGAUUCCGAUACCUGAAUGAUACGAAGGUCUCUCACAGUACACAAGUGAAACAACUGGCCAGGCAAGUGCUUUUGGGAGUAGACUACCUACACACCGAGUGUAAGAUCAUCCACACAGACAUCAAACCAGAGAACAUCCUACUGAGCGCAGACCCCGCAUGGAUCCAACGGAUAGCGCAAGAAGCCCUUGACAAACUCUCCGCUAACCAGUCAGAGAACCAGAAGAAAAAGCAGAGGCAGAAGGAAGCCAAGAAGAAACUCAAAGCGCAAGAAUUGGACCAUAAACCUUCGACCGAAUCCAGGAAGGACAGUGGACUGGAGGAAGGGGAGAUACCAGACACACAGACAACCACACACACACACCCGAGCCAAGACAACAUACCAGACGGGGUAGAUAGGGAUACAAACGGGACGGCCACAGACACACACGCGCAUAACCACCCCCCAGAGAGCAUAGGGGAAGAGGGCGUGUUUGUCACGAAGACCUCGCUACCGGAUAGUAAUACACAGACCAACACAGACACGCGUGCAUCUGCAGACAGUACAAACCAUCUCAAGACACCACCCUUCUCUCCCGCCACGGGCAAACGGUUACCCAACGCAUGUGCGCCAAUGCCCCCACCAACCAUUCUGUUCGAGUUAGCGACCGGCGACUUCUUAUUCCAUCCCAAAGCCUCGAAACAAUACGGACGCGAUGAAGAUCAUCUCGCGUUGAUUAUCGAAUUGUCUGGGCCCAUCCCGCUGCGAAUGGCGCGUUUGGGAUCGAGGUUUAAAGAAUUCUUCACACAAGAUGGCAAACUCAGGCACAUCCACAAACUCAACGGCUGGGCCUUGAGAGAUAUUCUGUUCGAAAAGUACCAUUUCAAGCGAGCGGCGGCGGACGAGUUCGCAGCCUUCCUCGAGAUCAUGCUGGAUGUCAACAACAGCACCCGGGCUACUGCACGCGAGUGCCUUGAGCACCCGUGGCUCAGGAGUGAGACCGAAAUGGACCUAAACAACAGAGACGAGAAGGUCAACAUACGCCGUCAGCCGUCGAUCACCGCGAUCUCUGUGGCCGUAGCGGACAUUGAACGGUCCUCAUUUCUGAGCUACAGCAACCUGAGCUUAAAUAUGGGGUCGCCCACUCAGACCCAGCAGCAGGCCACGGCGCAGAAACAACAACAACACCAGACCCAAAAACAAGGGCCGGUGCAGGGAGAUGCGAAGCAUAACGGGUCACAUAAGGUUGGUGGUGGGCUGAAUAGCGCUCAGGCUGAGGUGAACGAGCCCAAUUCGAGUCAGAAAUCGGAUACGAAAUCGGAUAUUUUGGACGGAUUGAUGAAGAUAGUUCUGGAGUAGGUGCCAUUUAGUUGUCAGGCGCCGUAUAUUCUGUUUUGGUAUAUAUAGAGGUGGAUAUAUAUAAAUAAAUGGGAUCGACUGAAGAGCAGA